AUGAUAGUCAAGCUUGAGAUCAAGAUUAUGGACCAUGGUUAUGAUUAUCUUACUGUAGUUGGUGUGUCAAGAGAGAGAGUUGAGAAGAAGAUAAGAGAAUUUCUGGGCCAAUUACAAAGUCUGAUUGAAGAUAAUAACAGCCUGCCUGCUUUAGAAAAGGUGAAGAAAGAUGAUUUUGAGAUUGUAGUGUCUUCUGAUAAGAACAAUAAGAAGAAUGAUGAGAAGAAUGAUGAUUGA